AUGUCAGUUCCGCCAUAUCUCCAAGCUUCCCAUCUUGCAAACAGUCUGAUCCUUGACAGUGGAUCCAAGAUGGAUACGGAGGAGAUUGAUAUCGAAGAUUUUGACACCCGCGGGAAGAAGGGUUCCUUGGUCUAUGCUCUCUGGGCACACUCGGACAAAGUAGUAGAAAGCAGCAGAAGCAGCAGAAGCAGCAGCAGCAGCAGCAGCAGCCACAGCGCGUUUGAAUUCGAUGCCGCUGCCAAAGCAGUGAGGGCACCGAUUACCUGGAUCUGUGGGCGACUCGUUGUGUGUGACCUCUCGGGGGAUCAAGCGUGCCCUAAGGCAUAUGACACAUAUGUGGCUGAAGAGCAGGGCGUAUUCAAGAUGGUGGUCGAGAGAGUUCGGUUAGUGAUGACCCUACAGCGCAGGAGAAAAAUCGAGCCGCGGCCGAUCGAGGCGGUGGAUAUCGGUAACUUUCCGCCCUACAAAGCCAAUUUGCUAUAUCAACUCUGUCAGUGUUCGACCUCCCCCAAAUCGGGGGAUUUCCCCCCGGUCACGUUGCAGGAAGCAGAGCAGACUGUCACCAGCGGAUAUAUCAAGACUUUCGGCGGCAAAGACAUCCAUUGCGAUCUAUCCGGGGAUCAGGCAUGUUUCAGAGAAUAUGUUCAGAUCUCCGGGCUUGAAGCAUUUGAUAUCGCGUUCGAGAUCGCCCACAUGGGGUGUCUUUUGUGGCUCACAGAACCUGAAUCUCGACCCAGGGAACAUAAAAGACGCGAAUGGCUGGCUGGCUUAGAGAUGAAGUGGAUGAAGACCAUUGGCAGCCUGGGGGAAUAUUACAAGGACCUCUCCCCGAUCUUUGAAAUCGGACCAUCUGUAGAUGCUGUCGGAGGAGACGAGGCUGAUGACUGGUACUGGCCUGAGGACGAAGAAGAAGAAAAGGAAGAGAAAAAUGAUGAUAAGAACUGA